CUGACACCUGCAGCAUACAGUACUACCAGAAACAAGGACACAAGCUCUCUCAAACAGCCUACAGCCCAGUCAUGAAGGUCUUAGUGGUGCUUGCUCUUGCUGUUUUCACUGGGUGCAGUGCCAAUGGUCUGUGGCAGGACCAGUCUCAGCAACAGCUGGACAUGGUGAAAGAUGCAUUCUGGGACUACGUCGCCAAGGCAACACUCACAGCUGAGGACACCCUGCAGAAGAUCCGACAGUCAGAGGUGGCACAAGAAGUCAACACCAUGGUCUCUGAGAGUGCUGAUGCUGUGAACCAGUACACCGUGGCCAUGCGUGGUCAGGUGACUCCUCUGACUCAGGACCUGCUGGCAAAGCUUUCCCAGGAGGCCGAGCAGCUGAAGGCUCGCCUGGAGAAGGAUCUGAGCACCAUGACAGCCAAGCUGCAGCCCUACUCUGACGAGUGGAACGCAGAUAUCCAGAGGCAGGUGGAGGAGCUGAAAAGGGACAUGACCACCUACGCAGAGGCCCUGGACUCUGAUGCCCUAAAGGCCACUCUACUCCAGAAGAGCGAGGAGAUGAAGGGAAGCCUGGAGAAGAGUGUGCAGCAGCUGCAGGCCCAGCUGGGCCCCUACACUGAGGAGCUGAAGCAGAAAAUGGACCAGAACCUGGAAGAGUUCAAAAAGAGCAUGAUUCCCCUGACCCAGAGCUUCCAGACCCAGCUGACCCAGAGAACCCAGGAGCUCCAGCAGAACCUGGCCCCCUAUGGAGAGGAGCUGAAGAAGCUGGACCCAUUGGCCCAGGAUCUGAAGACCCAACUGGCUGCUCUCUGGGACUCCUUCACCAAGAAGAUCCAGUAAUCAGACUGAUUUUACUUGAUCUAUUAGAACUGUGUACUGAUUAAUCAUUUUCCAUCAAAGUCCAAAAGGGGCAAUAUGUAAAUGUAGGUACCGCUAUUAUGUUGUUUCACUGUAUCAGUUAUGGGACUCUCCAUCUCCUGAUAAAGUUGUGUGUGAUCUGACGUCUGCAUGCAGAUCUGUGAGUGUGUGUGUGUGUGUCUCCAUACUGGCAGGCCUCUGGGAGAUCUACUGCCUCUCUAAUGUACUAAUAGUGUGAACAUCAAUAAUGCAAAAGGCCUAACGCUCCACUCUGGAAACACGCACACACACUCUGCCAGGAGAGGUAGAAGAAAUUGAGAAUUUGGAGGUGGAGAAUUUGUAAAAAAUUCUAAUAAUAACUACAAAGGCUGUUUAGACGCAGGGAUGAAUUCAACCAAACAUGCCUCAGUAAAGUUUGAAGAGUUUAAUUACAAAAUGCGAUAUAUCCAUUUUCAGAAAUGUUGGUAAAUUGACAUGAAUUAAAAAGAGAUAUUAUGAAAGAGA